UGUGCCCGAGUGGGGAUGGUCUGUCAGUGGCUAUAAACUGUUUCUCAUCAGGAAACUACAUUAGCUCACCAUCACUUCAAAGGUCUCCUCAGACAGAGGUGACGCCAGGAGAAGAUUUAAAGGUGAAAAUGACAAGGUUUCCACCCCUCAAACCCUGGCUCCUUCUCUGACAAUACAGCGAACGAACCCAACGUCCUCUUAGCUGUGGAACUAGGAUCGGAAGAGGAAAGCUUUUUUUUUCUCUCUCUCUCUCUCUCUUUAAUUCUUGAUAAAGAACUGCUGGGAAGUGCUGUCUUUGAAUAUCGCAGAAUUGUGGCACAGAUGGAUUUUAAAAAGUGUUAGCUCUUUCCAAUGAACACUAGGAGAGUGCCCUGCUCUUGGCUGGAUUUUCCAGAGAAUGGCAAUGGUCUCUGCGAUGUCCUGGGUCCUGUACUUGUGGAUAAGUGCUUGCGCCAUGCUGCUCUGCCAUGGAUCCCUCCAGCACACCUUCCAGCAGCAUCACCUGCACAGACCAGAAGGAGGGACCUGCGAAGUGAUUGCAGCCCACAGGUGUUGUAACAAGAACCGUAUAGAGGAGCGGUCGCAAACAGUGAAGUGUUCCUGUCUACCUGGGAAAGUGGCUGGGACAACAAGAAACCGACCUUCCUGCGUGGAUGCCUCCAUAGUGAUUGGGAAAUGGUGGUGUGAGAUGGAGCCCUGCCUAGAAGGAGAAGAAUGUAAGACACUCCCUGACAAUUCUGGAUGGAUGUGUGCCACAGGCAACAAAAUUAAGACCACAAGAAUUCACCCAAGAACCUAACAGAAGCAUUCAUUAUACAAAUAGGAAAAACAACCUGUGGAAAAUACAUUGCGAGGAUUUAAAAUAGCUUGCAUACUUGCAAGCCAAAUGGAUCUCUCUUAUUUGCACUUUGACUGGUUACUCAGAGUGCAUUUGCUUUGUGAAACAGAGUACCCCAUAAGAGACUCGGGAUUUUUCUGGCAGCAUCAUGGGAAAAAGACUUUAAAAAAAAAUCAAAACAAACGAGUUUUCUCAAUGAAGUUUUGAGGAUCACGAAGAACGAUCAAUCGUCUUCUAACUUGGAACUACCAUUACUUUGUACCAUUUGAAAUAUAUGUAUAUAUAAUAUUUUGAAAUAUUAUAUAUUCUCUUCAAGAAAUGAACAGUACCACAGUGCGAGGUGGCUGGUGUAUCCCUUUUGGUUUUGGAUGUUUGGUCGGUUUUGUUUUGUUUGCCAUUUCUUUUUCUCUUGGUGAGGAAGAUACAUGCCCGUGUGAGAAUCCAACAUGGCGCUCUCCCUGGAAGGCCAGCUGCAGGCGGACUCCUGGAAUCUGAGGCAUCCUGACAACUCUGAGUCAAGAGCUUCCCUCUGCUUCUCCCUGGUGACCCAAGGAAGCUCGUCGUCUUGUUUUAUUGCUUUCUACCUGUGCAAUAUUAGCAUGCAAGCUUGGCUUACAUAACCAUACUUUAUAUUCGAUUGAUAUAUAAUAACCGUUCUAACCUCUUCCAGGAAAAUAUUUUUAGAACUACUAGCUUUUCCACAGAUAGGCAAGUGAGGAUUCUUGAGGGAGCUGCUCCACCACGCUUUUAAGACCCUGGCAGGGUGGCAGGAUGCAGAUCCCUAUAUUAAUAAGUCCUGUAAAUACAAUGUCUUAGGGCUUUGUAUAGCUGUCCUAGACUGCAGAAGUGUCCUCUGAUUAAAUCCAAAGUCUGGCAUUGUUAACCACUUCGUGCUGUAGUGACGCGUCUUAUCAAGGCACCUCUUUCUAUGUUUGAUUUGCUUUUUCCUAGAGUAUUCGCAUCUCCUCCGGUGAGAUAGGAAGGCUAUGAAAGCAAUUAGGUUUCCCAGUGAUCUAUGUGACCAAAUGUUGGAUAGCCCUAUUAAAGUGGUAAAUAACUUCUUUCUUAACCCACUCGUCCUCUGUGUCUGCCAUUUAGUUUUACAGACUCUGCUUCGACCAAAUCACAAGAAGACCCUGUUCAUAUUUGUAGUUAGCUAGAAGGUCUUUGAAACUACGGAGGCUACUAUUGCCAACAAUAAAAUAUUUUGAAACCUAGAAAUUGAUGAACAUGAUUGUAGCGAUAAAUCCAAUGACAACUGGGUCACUUCCAUGGGGGUCACGCUGGUAAUUACAUGGGGCUCACCCCCACCACGAAGUCAUUUCCCCUGUCUUUUUGGAGUUGCUGAGCUAAGAGUAAACAUCUUCCUGCUUGAGAUCUGCUUUUCCUGGGGGAAGUUUUAAUGGAACUUUAGACUCCUGUUACCGUGUCAUCCCAGAAGUGCAAGUGUUGUGUUCUGUUUUCUCCCAAACUUAAUCUCUGGCCUCUGUGUUGUUGGAGACUCUUCCUAAAUCAACAGCACUGCGGCCCCUGACUCUGGACUCUCUAGUAUCAAACCUUAAG